AUGAACUCCGUUGAUGCCUCCGAGCACUAUGAACUAGGCGCUACUGACCUAGCCCCGUCCCUCCUCACCGUCGUCAUUGAUACCAAUCCACAUGCCUGGAACACCCUCGAAGACUCCCUCCCACUGUCCAAGGCAAUCGCGAACAUCCUCGUCUUCAUCAACGCCCACCUAGCCUGCAACUAUGCAAAUGAAAUCGCUGUGGUAGCCUCACACACGCACAAAGCAGCAUGGCUUUACCCGUCCCAAACCGCGCCGGCCUCAACAGACCAGGACGGCGACAUUUCAAUGAACACAGAGGCAACCCCCCAACCAAAUAAAUACCGACCCUUCCGCAUCGUCGAAGACCAAGUCACCCGCAAUUUGCAAGAGCUCGUACAAUCAACGACCACCGAACAUCUCCGCAGCAACACAUCCACCAUGCUAGCCGGCGCCCUAACUCUAGCCCUGAGCCACAUCAACCGCCGAACAAUCGCCUGGGCCGAAGAGCACGGCGGUGCAAACCCGGAUGACACAAUUGCCCAAGGAACCGCACCGUCAAACCGCUACUCCGCAUCAAACGAAGAGGAGAAACUCCAGAGUCGCAUUCUAAUCGUCUCCGUCAGCGGCUCCAGCGACUCUGCACACCAGUAUAUCCCCGUGAUGAAUAGCAUCUUUGCGUGUCAGCGCCUACACAUCCCAAUCGAUGUGUGCAAGCUGAGCGGCGACGCUGUCUUCCUACAGCAAGCGUCUGACGCCACCAAGGGUAUAUACAUGUCGCUCUCGGAGCCACGUGGGUUGCUGCAGUAUUUGAUGAUGGCAUUUUUACCAGAUCAGAGGUCUCGAAGACAUCUUGUGUUACCUACGCGUGUGGAUGUGGAUUUCCGCGCUGCGUGCUUCUGUCAUCGUCGGGUCGUGGAUGUUGGCUUCGUGUGUUCGAUUUGUCUUAGUAUCUUCUGCGAACCGCCGCCUGGGAGCGAAUGCUUGACUUGUGGGACGCAUUUGGAUACUGGGGACAACAAUGCGAAGCCGGCGUUGUUGCCGAGGAAAAAGAAGAAGAAGAAGAAGGUCAACGGGGCUUCUGGAGCCGGGACACCAAUGUCUGUUUCGACGCCUGGCUCAUGA